AUGAACAUGACCUUUAGUCGCGUGGACGCUCAGGCCAUUGCCAGACGCAACGAGAUACCAAAGCACUCUUUGCCUCUUCGACGAGGCCAUUUCGGUCGUGUGCGCAUGACCAAAGAAGACGUACGCAAAUACAUCGCCUUAGCCAAAGAUCUACUGGGUGAUGCCCUGAACAAGGCACACGCAGACCGUCAAGUAGGCAACAUCGACUACCGCACGUGGAAACAGCUCGGAUCGCACGCCGGAUUUAAGCGUCUCACCACAACGGGUGACAAUAGCAGAGACAUGCAUUACCGUCUACAAGGUCAUGUGCGAGCCUCACUUGAUGACCUCAUGGACGUCAUAUACGCGGACUCGACGGCGCAGGUAAUAAAGCGUCGUCAAGUUCUUUACAACGACAGCUUGGAUGCACAGACAUUGUGUGUGCUUAAGGAACGCAAUGCAGAGAAUAUGCACGAGCACAUUUCAAUUCGUUGGGAGGCGAUUAACCUGAGCAACAACAGUCCUAUCUACCAGCGGGAUAUGUGUUUCCUCGAGUUCACGGGCGUGGCCACAGACAUAGAUGGUCUUCCAGUGGGCUUUAUGAUCAAGCAGGCUCUCGAACGCAACGAGUGCGUGUCGCUCAAGGAGUCGCAUGGACUGGCACGACAUGAUUUCACGGAGGUCAUGCUGUUGCGAGCAAAGGAUAAUGCCAGCCACACAGAAAUUAUACUGGACGGUGCUAUCCGGCAUCCUCAAAACCUUCCGGGAUGGCUCGUUCACUCUUUUCUUGAAAACAUGGCAACGUGUUUAAGUAAAUUGCCGAUCAUCGUGCAGGAAAAGUUGUUGGCCAGGUUGCCGGUGAUCAAGGACUGGCAGUUUGUGCCUCAUUCGACUCGCAAGAACUGCCACGUUUGUGCGAGCAAAUUCGGCAUGCUAUCGAAGAAAAUUAGCUGCCGUAGUUGCGGUGAAGUGGCCUGCAAGUCUUGCAUCGUGACGCGCACGGUGGGCGAGAAGACCAAGUUCUGCACUAAGUGUAUCCUCAUGGUAUCGUCCCAGUCCGAAUCCAUCGUUCAGUCCGAAUGUGGAUCGGCCUCCUACAUCACAUCCUCAUCUUCUGAACGAAGUCGCAGUGAUCGGAAGUCUCAAGUCUCAUCGCCCUCCAUGCACAGUAAGACCGACGCUAAGAUUGUGCCCAGGAUGCGUGUCGACAUGAGGCUUCUGGAUGAUGCCAAGGCUUGGCGCCGCAACUGCAGCAUUGCUAGUAUUGCUAGCAAAACGAGCUCGAACUCGUACUACAAGAACCGCUGCAGCGGUGACACUGCAUGCUAUGGUUUAGUAGACGAAGAGGUUAUUGAGACGUUAGACACGACUCAAAUGACUCGAUCCGGUCGUGGCUUGUCACCCGUGUUGCUUAGUCAGUGUAAUCGAUUGGCGCCUACGGCCGAAACUGUGGAGGACUCGAUUGCUCACCAGCGACAUCUGCUGAAAAAAAUGUUGUCGCAGGCAAAAAUCUACCAGCAGCAGCAGACAAGGGCGUAA